GCCGCCGGCGACCAUUUUGUAUUUGUAGUUCCUUUUCGGCGUCGCUCUCACUUCUCAGCAGUAAUCGAAUCAAUAAUUUUAUACGGUUACGUUUUGCUAUUCAUCGGAACAUAUUAAUGUUUUCUUGUGCAAAUUUAUAUUUGUAAUUAAACCUUAAACCUAAAAUGGCCAACCGAAGACCUCCUCCCAGUGGACGGCGUAUGGACUUCAUGCGAAACGACCGAGGAAAGAACUUUCGCCCGGGUGUGUCACCAUGGCAGGGGGGAGCGCCAGGCAACGAUAUUCCUAAUUUGUUACCUAUAACUGGUGGCUCAACUGAAGCUACUCUUGCCCUGGCGAGCAACAUCAUCAAUCUUCUUCAGCCCCGUCAAAACUCUGUCCCGUCUUUACUUGACAUGCCUAUUCGUCGUGAUUUUGGUCCACCUAUGGGACGGUUUGAUCGUGGAUAUCCACCUAAUCGGAUGGGCAAUCAAGGUAAUUUCCGGCGAACGGGAAAUUACAACCGCUCUGGUGAGCGUAUGAACAGCAAUCGUAAGCCAUUCAGGCCCAAUGAUGGGCAAAGGCAACAAAACAAGAGUUUCCCGAAAAAGGAUGCCGACUCUAAAAAUAAACCCAAGGAGAGUGAGCAAGAAAAGGAGAAGUCUGAUGGUACUGAAAAAGUGGAAGACAAGCAAGAAGAAAAGAAAGACAGUCAAAAGACCAGAUAUGAUGAUAUUAAUCAGCAACUAUUGAGGUGCCAUAUCUGUAACAAGAGUAUGUGGGAUGGAAGAUCUUUUGAAAAUCACUUAAGUGGGCGGGCUCACUCUAUCAUGAUGCAAAAGACAGUUGAGAGCUAUGCCUUGACUGCUGAUACUAUGAGGCAGGAGUUUAAGAUUCGCGACAUGAAACGCAACCGUAAAUCGGGGCAGCAACCGACGCGCGACUUCUACUGUGCUAUGUGUGAUAUGUAUGCAGCAGAUGGAUCUGGUCAUCGCACUACUGUCGGCCACCGCAAGCUGAAGAAAUAUCUGCACCCCACCUGCACUGCCUGUCAUAAGGAAAUGCCUACGAGAAUUGAGCUGGAUGAGCAUCGUUUGACUCCAGAACAUCUUAGGAUGAUACAGGACAAGCAGGAUGUCAGUGGAAAGCUAAAACCUGAAGGUAACAAAAAGAAAAUCCAUCCAGCUCCUUGGCUUACGGACGAUAUUAAGUUAUUAUUAGAGAAGAAAAAGAUUUUAAAAGCCAAUUACCAGGCAAACAAAACUCAAGUGCAUGGGGAAGAAUACAGACAGAUUCGCAAUCGAUGCAAUAUUAUAUGUAGAGAAGCGCAACGCCGCUAUGAGGCUGGCGACUCAGUAAUGAUGAUUUCGAACCUGCAAGCAGAGCAACAGUACCUACGUGACGAUAGAGACCGCCAGCGCAAUCGGAAGCAUAUGGGUGACAAGGGAAAAGAUAAGGCAGAAAAAGAAGUAGAAGAAGGACAGGAAAAAGAAAAGGUUGAUGGUGAUGAAGAAAAGGCAGAUGAAGAAGAGAAAGUGAAAGAAAGCAUUGAUAAGGAGGACACAAUUCUAGACUACACAGAGGGUGAAGAUCUUACAAACAUAACUGAUGACAAAUACCCUGUUUAUAGCACUGAACGUGGCGUGGGCCGUUCAUUCCUUUCCGAAUUCAAAUGCUUCCAAUGCCAACUCUGCAAGAAGCUUCUUGACUCCGAGGAAACAGCCGAAGUACAUCUUCGUACUUGGAGGCACCACCAGCUUUUCGUCAGGUUACUAAAUGAGAAGAGUGGUAAAGAGCAGACUAUGGAAACUCGAGAGCCGUUUAAGCGUCCUCACAACAUAGAGGAGUCCGGAAACUGGAAGCGUCGUAAGACCUCUCCAGAGCAUAACGAUUCCGAGGAAGCCGCUGAGAAUGGUCAUGAUGUUGUUAGGAUCAAAGAGGAGAAAGCUGAUGACGUCGACAUGGAGGGAGAGGCUAUCGGGGAGUCGGAAUCACCAAAACCCGACGAUCUCGAAGACUGGGUGCAGAGUGUUGACGAGCUACUUCAGGAAGUCGACAAAGAUAAAGAUGCCCCAGCUGACAUAAACGAAAAGGAGGAUAAAGAAAAGGAAGAUGCUGAUGAACAGCCAAAAUCUAUUAAAAAAGAGAAUGAAGUAACAGAUGAAGAAAACGAAAUAAAAAGUGAAGUAAGGUCAGAAGACGAAAAUCCACCACCGACUCCAUCAAAGCGUAUCACUAGAGGGCGUGGACGUGGACGACGCAGGAAUUAAUAAUACUAUGAAUAAGAUAGUCAUUUGCAGAUCUAGUUGGCUUAACAGUUAAUAUAAUUAUUAUUCAGCUGUCAAGAGUCAACUUAUAAAAUAGUUGCAAUAGCUACAUUGUUUGGCUAUAUUCUUAUUUUAUUAUUUAAUUCUUGUGAAUUAAAAUUUAUUUGGUUUCAGUCUCCUAAUUUUUGUAUUUUUUUCUUUGAAAUAAGUAAUGCCAAUAGGUCUCUUUUGUUAUUAAAAAAUUAAUUGUAUGUAACUCUUCAAACUUGACUCUUAACUUUGUAUUUUAUUUUUGAUUGCUUAGUUAUGUUAAGUUGCAAAAUCAUUUAUUCAUAUAUUUUUACAUUUACUGCCAGUUCUCAAAUCAUGAGCGUAGAACGGAAGAGAAAAACCGGCAAUAAACUCUCCGCCACUCUUUUUAAUCGCCAAAUUUUUUCUUACACAAUGUUUGUAAGGAGCUGCAACCAUUACACCAUGUUCCAUAUGAGUCAAUCCGUUUCCAUAUGGUCAUACAAGAUAUCUCAAAAACUUGUAAAUGCUUGUUAUAUUUGUGGCUUUGUCAAUCUCUUAUAAGAAAUCUUACUUUUUGUAGACUAAAUUGGUUUUACAUUAUCAAACUAUAUAUUUAGAUCUUAUUUUUUAAUAGAUACAAAAAAAAAUAGUAUAAUUUACUUUCCUUAAAAAAUAAAUAUGUAAGAAAUAGUAUUAAGUUUACUUUGUUCUUUGCAAGAAAUUAAUAGGCUUAGGCAACAAAUAAUUUCAUUUAUAGAUAAAAGGUUGCAUUGUGAGGAAAUUUCUUCCGUCAGUGACAUUUAUUGCCCGACGUCUGUUUAUUAUGCGUAGACUUUAGUAAUAUUGUAUGUAGUUUUACUUUUUAAAUAAAAUUACUUACUCACUUAAUAAAAGAUAAAAUGUAAAUUUUCUUUUAUUAUUUUCAGUGAAAGUUGAAAUAAAAUAAAACGUAUUGAAAAUAUG